CUCUCGGAGAUUUGAUAACAAUAAUUCGAAGCACCUUUGUUUUGACCUUUUCUUACUUCACGAAAGGAUUGGGGCCAGAGGAUCUACUAAUCCUGUGGCUCAGACGUCACCUCCUGGGCAUUUGAAUGGUCUCAUUAAUGGCAUACGGUUCCCUCAUCGGGUAUCUUCCACACUGCAAAUUCCUCAUUGUUAGCUCGUGUCAUGGCGGCCUUGCGGCAAAGUCCACAACGGACCAAUUCAACCCGCCUGAAUUGGCCACGACACUACGGCCUUUGAACAAGCACUUUUAAGACCAUCACAUAGGUUGCUAUCUUGAACAUUGGUCCUUUGCUGCUUGCUAUGGAGCACCAUCCCCCCCUUCCUACACCUCUUAGGCGUCAGCCCGCCCCUGAUGGGGGUUCCCCAUUGCCCAGAGAUGUGGGAGUCUCCGAUUCCCCAAGUCACCUCCGACCAGCCACGCUAAGACUCCUCAUCAAUGAUGUUGCGCAAUCUCGGCAAGAAGCUUUGAGGACCCCUCGAUCCGCGAUUAUCGAGGAUCGUGGAUGGCCGGGGUUUCCAUUUCCUCAGCAGCAACAACAUGGUGCUAAUAUUGCUUCACUCCUUGGCGACAUUGCGCAACGAGAUGAGGAUUAUUUUCAUUCCAGCACUCCCGUGCAUCCACCUCUGACCAGCCGCCCGGAUUUUCGAAAGCCGUCGACAAUCCAUGAGCUCAGACACUUGCAGAAAAACAGCCCGUUGAACUCUCCAGUUGAAGCAAAUUCGGAGUUAGACAAUCGCUACAAGCCCCACACGGAUGCUCUCCAGGAGACUGGGAUGGACGCUUUCGUUGGAUUUGAAAGGCGUGCAAUCGCUCUUGAUCGGAGGCUUCUGAGCUUUCACAACUCGGUCCAGCACUUGGGAUCUGGGGCUGGCUUGGUGGCUUCAGCAGUCCAAUUGCGCAUUCGACUUGUUGGUGUUCUACUGCUCCUUCGAGAGCAAGUGUCUGUUGUCUACCCGGGUAUAAAAAAGGAAGUGAUUGGGCCCACUGUCAGGGCCGUACCUGAGGCUUGGCUAUCGACAUCCAGUCUCCCAAUGGGACUUGAGGAGGACUCCAGCCCCGAGCGAAUUCCUCUUGAAUUUGAGCGUCUCGCCAUCGAACUAUAUGAAUUUCUUGAGUGCAUAAAUCAUAUAUCUGAAUUUGCUGAAGAAGCUAUUAAUACGUCUGUCACGAGCUUUGCGUGUGAUAUUCGGUACUGGGCCUCAUGCUUGCGUGAAUUUAAAGGGCGUAUGACUUCGCCUUCUGUUGCAUUAUACGCUCACGAGUUAGCAACAGGACCCUUUUCCGAGCACAUGAGUGCCGUAACGGACGCUCUGGCUAACUUCGUUGAUUUCGGAGUACCCACAAUAAGAUUGGCCCAGCAGCAGACUGGCAGCGCCUUCCUUAAUCUUUCAACAGUUUCGACGCUCUUCAGCGCAGUCACGGCCACCGUGGUUCAGUAUAGCUAUCAAAGCCAAUCCAGCGGUCUCGAGCAAGCUGUGAAUUUACUGUGGAUAACUUCUCUAGUGUUCUCACUUGCGAGCGCAAUUAACAGCCAACUUGCAUACGCCUGGCAUACAUACGUAUAUCGGAGCCCAAGAUCACUUGUGCCAUGGUGGGGACUAUUUGUCAUCAAGCAGGCGCCAUUGUUUUUCCUUGUCAUUUCGGUGCUGGCUUUUUCGGCUGGACUUGUUUGUUUCUGUUUUUCAGUGUUUCCUAGAACGGUGAUACCCCUAAUCAUCACCGUCUGCACGUCAUUCUCGUCAACGACUCUUUUCCUUGUCAUUUUCUGGUUCGCUGGCGAACGAUGGGUGUUCACACAAACGUGUGGCAAGUUGUGGCUUGCUGACCUGGUUAAUGACUGUCUCUCGAAGGAGAGGUAUGUCGUGGCUUCCCGACAUUUGUGUACUUCAAUAUUGCAACGUUGGCGUAAGCUCCGGCAAUGGUUGAGUGUGGUUCUCGAAAACUCAAGGGGGCGUAUCCAACCUAUCCACCGUGCUCCACCUAACCUUGAUGUUGAGAGGCCAGAAGAUCCCCACCCGACGACCGUGAUCCCCCCUGGGUCCCCGGCUCUAGCAGCCCUGGGACGUUCCCGCAGCAGGAGACAGUCAAUUCCGCUUAGCGUUCGGGUUUCUCAUUUGAAACCUCCAAAAAUCACUCUGACAUCCUCCCCAAGCGAACCAUCCUCCGUUAGCCGUGUCUACCCGGCUACCUAUCGUCCAAUUCCACUCCCUGUAAUCAUUCCGGCCUUACGACGACUGAACGCUUCUCCAGCUUUAAGCGAACAUGCAUUUGCCAUAAGACAUCUGGCAUUCAGUCCUAAUGGGGGAUAUCUUGCUUCAUGCAGCUGGGAUAGUACCGUCAUAAUCUGGAGAGUUGGAGAUCCAUUCCAGGUCUAUCGUCGACUUGACCAUAUUACUGCAACUGUAGCGCAGAUUGCAUGGUCGCCAAGCGGCCGUUUGCUACUCACAAGAUCAAGCGGGGGACUAAGGAUCUGGGACCACAUGGUGAAUGCACGAGAUGUAGCGAUCGACAGGAGCGAAGGCAUCCAGUCAGCGUCUUGGCUGCCAAGAGGGAAUACGGUCAUGUCAGUGGAAGGGAGCAGUUUGCAUAUCUUUAACGUUCAAGGAUCCGCCGUUGCAACACAUACAAUCGACCGGUUCCUGCUUCACGAUGCUGCUGUUGUGAGGGAUGAAAAUCGCGUCGUGGCUGUUGCCACUCUAGAGAAAUCUAUAGAAGGCAUUUAUCCUUCGAAGUCCGAACCAGAGAGGCGCGUCAUCGUUUACAAUCUUCUUUCCGGGGUUAUUGAAGAUCAGAUUCCUAUACGCCGUCCAGCUCGUUGGAUCUCGUUAUCAGAGAAGAACGAUUGUGCAAUGAUAACGUUUUCUGACAGGGGCCCUCCACAAUUGAUCAAGCUCAAUACCGAUGAUGACGGCUGGCGUGUCCAUCUCUCUCCGAUGCAUAUAUAUCUGCCCGCUGGCCCUACAACAUUCACAGGGCCUUCCACCUUGGGGAGCUUCAUAGGUACUUCGGCCGAGGAUCAAAUGGUUGUCGCCGUUGGCAGAGCGGGUGAAACUUUGAUAUGGGAUCGAGAAUCUGCACGUUUACUCCAUACGGCACAUUCAAAGGAACUUGGGAUUGAGCACACUGUUGUAUCGUGGAAUCAUGGGAGCAAUGGGGACUUGAUGUUCGCCACUGGAGCUACGGAUGGUUCAAUUCGGAUCUGGACAGCCCCUUGUCCGACUUCGGACGAUUAUGGAGGGACAUGACCUUGAUGCACGACAUAGUUGAGGUGUUUCGCAAUCGUCCUCGCUGAUCCACACGCAUACCUAUAUACCUAGUAAUAUUCCUGAUGUUGAGAACAGGCGGCAAAAAUGUUCUCCUUUC